UACCAGAAGUACCCGAGUAAACAGAGCUGUUAUCAUCUUGUUAUCAGUUUCCUUGAAGUGCAAUGGAAAAAACGCAGAGAACUAUCUUGUCGUAGAGCGUUAACAUGGAUCAAAGGAUGGAGCUGCUAAGGAGUUUGUUUCUAAAAUCCGUUGAAUCGGUAAGACCGAGAGCCUUAUUUACGAAUUAUUUGCUAAGAAAUCCGAGCGUAAAGGAACAUCUGAGCCAUACAAACAAGCGAUAUCAUGUGGUUGGAUUCGGAAAAGCUGUCCUGGGUAUCGCCGUUGAGAUGGAACGGGUUCUGGGAGAUCGAUUGGUAGGCGGUUUUCUGAAUGUACCAGUAGGUACACUGGACCGUUUUCAAGCUGAUGAAGAGUUUCGGUUAAGCUCCUCUAGUAGGCUGAAGGUUUUCGAAUGCGCUCGCAAUAAUCUACCGGAUUCAGAGGCCGUUGAAGCGGCUAGAAAAAUAAAAUCAUUGGCUGAGUCAAUGACGGCUGAUGACGUACUUUGUGUACUGGUUUCUGGAGGUGGAUCGGCUUUGCUUCCAUUGCCCAUAUCUCCUAUUAUGCUUGAAGAAAAGUUAUCUGUGAUAAAGAUGCUAGUAACAGCCGGCGCUUCGAUUGACGAGCUUAACACAAUCCGAAUCCAGCUGUCCGAGGUAAAAGGUGGGAAACUUGCUUUGGCCGCUAAAGAAUCCCAUAGGUUGAUGAGCUUUAUAAUUUCCGACAUCGUGGGAGAUCCGAUCCCACUGAUAGCCAGUGGUCCUACAGUCAAAAGCAAUGUUUCUAAUCUCGAUGCGCGAAAAAUUCUAGAAAAGUAUCAACUAGCGGAUCAGAUUCCAAAAUCAGUUGAACAAGUCCUUUCAGAAUCAGAAACCCCCAUUGGCGAUGUACCUGGGGACAUUCACCUGAUCGGAAAUAAUAAAGUAGCUUUCGAAAGCAUACUUCAAAAAGCUAAAGAACUCAACAUAUUCACUAUCCCUCUGACGACGACGGCUCAGGGAAAUGUCCAAGACCUUUGUCAAACUUACAUAAAUCUAGUGCAACAAAUAGUAGAUUUCCAAAGUAGCUCGUUAAAAAAGUCGGUCCAACUCGAUCAGUUCACUUUGGAUCCGGGAGAAGAUGUUCUGGUGAUAGCCGCAGGAGAACCAACCGUAAUCCUGCAAGGUUCUGGACUAGGAGGCAGAAACCAGGAGCUAGCGUUGCGCUUUAGCCACGAAGCCGAUCGAGUUGGGCUGAAAGAUGUUGUUUUCCUGUCCGCUGGAACUGACGGCAUCGAUGGCCCAACGGAUGCUGCUGGGGCUUUUGGCGGUUCAUUUGUUCUGCAGGAUUUUCGAAAAACCAAUCCCGGCAAGGAUGCGUAUGAUUUUGUCCGAGAUAAUGAUUCGUAUCGAUUUUAUACAGCGUUACGUGAUGGGAAAUACCAUAUCAUAACGGGGCAUACUGGCACAAAUGUUAUGGAUAUUCACUUGAUUUAUGUGCCUCGUAGACAUCAAUGAUUAUUUACUGUAGCAUAAAUCUGAAAAUAAAUUCACAUGAAAGCAAAUAGGAGAUAGUCAUUAAAUUUAUAAUAACCUAUAA